UACAUAAAUUAAUAUGAUUGACAUUUUGAAUAAGCAUAAGCGUAUACGUAUUUAAUUCAAUAUAUAUUUCUCUAAGUACUGUUAUAGAGAAAACGAAGACUUACCUAUCUUGUUAGCGAGCAACUUAUCUUGCGCCGGCAAGAUGUCGAAGUGGCAAUCGGAACGGAGUAUCCACGAAAUGCUAAAAGAUACACCACCCUUACGCGAAUCAAGUGACUCCAUAACAUCGGGAACAGAGGCCAAAUUCCCUACUUCGCGCUCCAUGACUUUUCCACCUGCUUAUGUUCCACCGGAUGUAUCUCAGAAUGGAGCAGCAGGCAGCAGCACGCUGCUCCGUUCGGGCUCCACCAAACUUGAGAACAUAAAGAACUGGAGUGUCUCCACAUACAAGUGUACCAAGCAGCUGCUGUAUGAAAAACUGGGCAAGAGCUCCCGGACUGUAGAUACAGAGCUGGAGGCGCAGAUCGAGGCGCUCCGCGAGACGCAGCGCAAGUACGUGCACGUGCUGCGGCUGAGCGGCGCGCUGGCGGCGCAGCUGGCGCAGGCCGCCGCCACGCAGCGCGCGCUCGGCGAGGCCUUCGCAGACCUCGCGCAGAAGUCGCCCGAGCUGCAGAACCAGUUCCUGUACAACGCGGAUACACAGCGCUCGCUAACGCGCAACGGUGAGACGCUGCUGGCGGCGCUGCACUUCUUCAACAACUCGCUCAACACGCUCACGCACAAGAGCAUGGAGGACACGCUGCUCACCAUUCGCCAGUACGAGGCCGCCAGGGUGGAGUACGACGCGUACCGCAGCGAGGCGGAGGCAGCAGAAGCAGCGGGCGGUACGGGGGCCGCCAGCGGGGCCGCGCUGCGGGCGGCGGCCGAGCGGCACCGCGCCGUGUACGAGCGCCUGCGCGACGACUCCGCCGUCAAGCUGCGCCUGCUGCACGAGAACCGGGUGAAAGUGAUGAACAAGCAACUGCUACUAUUCCACAACGCGGUGUCCGCGUACUUCAGCGGCAACAACGUGGCGCUGGAAGCGGCCGUGCGACACUUCAGUGUGCCCGCGGCAUUACCCGCACCACACACUAGCGCAAAUACACACGUUGCCAACGCCACGCCACAUGUUGCAAACGCCACACCACAUAUUGCUAACGCUACACCACACGUUGCUAACGCCAUGCCGCAUCUUGCCAACGCCACACCGCAUCUUGCCAACGCCACGCCACAUCUUGCCAACGCACCACAGCUGCCAACAACGGCUCAACUCGCUUCGCCUUCACCCGCGCCGUCUCGCUCCGCGUAGAGAUAAGUAUACAGUUUCAUUAAUAUUCGAAUAUUAUGCACUAUUUGUAUGUUCGAUGAUCGAUCUGACUUGAUUUUGAAGAAAUUGUAAAAUAUGUGAUUUGUCAUAAAUGGUACGGUGUAAAAAGGUCGCUAAU